ACAAGGUUCAUAUCUUCGCUGCUCUUUCUCCUCCGUUUCCUCGAUCUCUCUUCAAAUCGCUAUCCAAAAUCCUUCCUUUUCCUCCGUAUCCUCCUCUUGUCUUCCCGUCGGAGGUCUCAUUUUGGCGUCGAUUCGACCUUCCUGCGGCGAUCGAGGGGGUUUCCGGUGCGUUCACUAGAUAGUGGGCUCUGAGGGGGUCGGAUCGGUGCCGAGAUGGCGUCCAGGAUGAUGCGGUGGCGGCCCUGGCCGCCGCUGUUGUCGAGGAAGUUUCAGGUGAAGCUGGUGGUGAGGAGGGUCGAAGGGGUCAGCGCUGAGGAUGAGGCGCCGGCAGCGGGGAAGAAGGUGUCUUUGGUGGUGAGGUGGAAGGGGCCGAAGUUGGCGCUGAGCUCGCUGCGGAGGACGGCGAAGAAGAACCGGACGAGAGAGGUGCAAGUCGGCGAUGGCGGUGUGGUGGAGUGGAAUGAGGAAUUUGAGACCGUCUGUACCUGGACUGCGCACAGGGAGAACGCUUUGCAUCCAUGGGAGGUCUUAUUUACUGUGUUCAAUGGUUCAAGACAAGGCCCAAAGACCAAGGAAUCUUUGCUUGGUGUUGCUUCACUCAACAUAUCAGAAUUCACAUCUGCUGAACAGGGGAUUGAGCUCUAUCUUCCAUUGUUACUUCCUGGUGCCACGGAGUCUAAUUUGUCGCUUCAUUUGGCACUCAGUAUGUUGGAAUUGAGAUCUUCACAAGAUUCUUCUGAUGGCCAGAAUCGGCUGGUUGGUGCAUCCUCACCUCGGUCAGGAGAUGGUAUCCCUCCUGAGAAAGAAAAAUCUGCACUUAAAGCCGGAUUGAGAAAGGUGAAAAAUUUGACAGAAAUUGUAUCAACUCGGAAGUCUAAAAAGACUUGCCCAGAUGACAUUGGUAGUGAGGGGAAAUACUCGGCUAGGAGUGACGAUGUAGAUUACAGCUAUCCAUUUGACACAGAUUCUUCUGAUGACCUUGAUGAGGAUGUUGAAGACAACAAAGUGGAUACUAAUGCCAGGAAUUCAUUCAGUUAUGGCACAUUAGUAUCUGUUAAUAAUGCUGGGUAUGAGAUGAAGAUAUAUGGAGAAAAUGAGGAUUGGGUCUACCACAAUCAUCGAAGAUCAGAUGUAGGUUGUUCUCAUGCAGAGGAUAAACUGUUAUCCAUUCCUGAACUUUCAAUGUCAAAGAGGAGUUUUCUUCCUUGGAAAAAGAGGAAGUUGAGUUUCAGGUCUCCUAAAUCCAAAGGUGAACCACUGCUCAAGAAAGCGUAUGAAGAGGGAGGGGAUGACAUUGACUAUGAUCGUCGGGUGCUGAGUUCCUCGGAUGAAUCAAUCUCUGCCAGAAGGCAAAAUGGGGAUGAUGGAAGUGCUAUGAACCGAUCAUCAAUAUCCGUCUUUGGUGAUGACUGCUUUGUGAUAGGCAGCUGGGAAUCAAAGGACCUAAUUAGUCGAGAUGGGCACAUGAAGCUUACCGCUCGUGUGUUUUUCGCAUCCAUCGAUCAGAGGAGUGAGCGAGCCUCAGGCGAGAGCGCAUGCACAGCCCUUGUUGCUUUCAUUGCUGACUGGUUUCAUGAGAACCAGAACAUGAUGCCCAUUAGGUCUCAGUUUGAUGGUCUCAUCCGAGAGGGCUCUCUUGAAUGGAGGAACCUUUGUGAAAACCAUGUUUAUCAAGAGUUUUUUCCUGACAAGCACUUUGACCUAGAGACAGUUCUUCAAGCUAAGAUUCGGCCACUAUCUGUUGUUCCUAGGAAGUCUUUCAUUGGAUUCUUUCAUCCUGAAGGUGCUGAUAACAACAUUGGCUUUGACUUUUUAAGUGAAGCUAUGUCCUUUGACAGCAUCUGGGAUGAGAUCAGCCGAACGGGAUCCGACUGCUCAAAUGAUGCAGGACCUCAGCUAUAUAUUGUAAGCUGGAAUGAUCAUUUCUUCGUCCUGAAGGUUGAACGCGAUGCUUAUUAUAUAAUCGACACUCUUGGUGAGCGUCUCUUUGAGGGUUGUCAACAGGCUUACAUCCUCAAGUUCGACGAUAGCACAUGCAUCAAUUUGGUUUCUAAUGAGACUGAAAAUGCCACCAGUGAGGUCGAGAAUGAGGACCAGGAAAAGAGAAAUACUGCAAUGGAAGGGGAUCUUGUGUGUCGGGGAAAGGAAUCGUGCAAGGAGUACCUUAAGGCCUUCCUGGCUGCAAUUCCAAUUCGGGAACUGCAAACUGAUAUCAAGAAAGGACGGACAUCGUCCACUCCAUUGCAUCAACGCCUCCAGAUUGAAUUCCACUUCACUAUGUCAGCCAGCGACCACAGCUUGGAUUAUGCAUCGACAACGCCAGAGGUUCUCCCUGAUCUAUCUUGGCCAGUUAAACCAGCCGGAGCAUUUACACCUGCACCUGUUUGUGUUGCAUAGCAUCAACUGCAUUUGUUUGGUACAGCAUCACUCAAGUUUGAUAUGCUUGAAGGUGAACCGAGGACUGUCAAGCAUAUCCUUCUUUGCCAAUGUCUCUCUUGAUAUCAACUAACUACAGAGAUUUUCGCUGAGUAUGCCGUGAGUAGGUUGUUGAGCACUAUAUUGUAAAGUUGUGUCUCAAUGCCUUGUAUCAACUUGUUGGAUUUCUAGUCAAGUAUGUUGUUUUAAGUCUAAUUGUAAUGCGACUACUGAAUGCAUUGAGAAGAUUUGAUACUAAAGUUUUCAAAUUGCAUAGUCUUAAUCUUUUGGUGAGAUUAACAGCAGAUAGUUAUUCUUUUGGAUUUGCAUGAUAUGCACCAACACACUUUUUCUUCCCCUCAAGUUAAUUGAUUCCUAUAGUAAAUCAUUUUAGGGUAUUUGUAUUAUGUUUAA